AUGCGUGCACUUUUUCUAUUGGCCUCCUUGGGCUUUGCAGCCGCCGAGGAUGGCUUGAACGGCUGGCUACGUUAUGCAUCAUUACCUUGUUCGAAACAAUGCCAUUCCAACCUUCCUUCUACCAUUGUCACCCUCAAUACAACCGAGAGUAGUCCGGUAUAUAUUGCGGGCGCAGAAUUGCAGAAAGGGCUGAAGGGUGUUUAUGGAAAAGACGUGCAAGUCUCCCACAAAUGCAAGACAUCUUCCUCCGUAAUUGUUGGUACGGUCGAUCAAUAUCGCAAGACCUGCGGCGCUGUACACAGCAUACCUGAGUUGGAAGACGAUGGCUUCUGGCUUAGCACCAAAGGGGACACCGUUCAAAUCCUGGGACAGAAUGAGAGGGGGGCGCUCUAUGGUGCCUUCGAGUACUUGUCGAUGAUUUCGCAGGGAAACUUCUCAAACGUCGCCUACGUAACCAAUCCGUCGCAACCGAUCCGCUGGGUCAACCAAUGGGACAAUAUGGAUGGAAGUAUUGAGCGUGGCUAUGGUGGCGCUUCUAUCUUCUUCAAGAAUGGACAAAUUGUCCAAGAUUUGACUCGCGUCGCUGAAUACGCACGUCUCUUGGCCUCGAUCAGGAUCAAUGCCGUGGUAAUUAACAAUGUCAACGCUAAUGCUACGCUUUUGGACCCUAAGAACAUCGAUGGCUUUGGUCGAGUAGCUGAUGUCUUCCGGCCAUAUGGCAUUCAAAUUGGAAUGUCUCUCAAUUUCGCCUCGCCCAAAACAUACGGUGGCCUGAGUACCUUCGAUCCUCUCGAUGCAUCUGUCAUCAAGUGGUGGUCGAACAUUACUGCCCAGAUCUAUGAGCGUGUUCCUGACAUGGCUGGUUACCUUGUCAAGGCGGAUUCUGAAGGCCAGCCUGGUCCUCAAACGUACAACAGGACCCUCGCCGAUGCAGCAAAUCUCUUCGCCAAAGAAGUUCAGCCCCAUGGUGGUAUCGUCAUGUACCGUGCCUUCGUCUACAACCAACUCAAUGAAUCUGUCUGGACGGCGGAUCGUGCAAAGGCAGCUGUCGAUUUCUUCAAAAAGCUAGAUGGCGAAUUUGACGACAAUGUGGUGAUCCAGAUCAAGUUUGGACCUAUUGAUUUCCAAGUCCGCGAGCCGGUAUCUCCUUUGUUCGCAAAUCUGUUCAAUACCAACACGGCCAUUGAGUUGCAAGUAACGCAAGAAUAUCUGGGCCAACAGUCUCACUUGGUAUACUUGCCUCCACUCUGGAAGACUAUCUUGGACUUCGAUCUUCGCGUGGAUCAUCAGCCAUCGCUCGUUCGUGAUAUUGUGGCUGGUAAACGCUUCAACCGUAAACUGGGUGGCUCGGCAGCCGUGGUCAACGUCGGUACCAAUACUACCUGGCUUGGGAGUCAUCUUUCCAUGUCAAACCUGUACGCCUACGGUCGCUUGGCUUGGAGCCCGACAGAUGACGCGCAAGACAUCCUGCAAGACUGGAUUCGCCUGACCUUCGGGCUGGACCGCAAAGUCCUAGACACGAUUACCCGCAUGUCCAUGGAGUCGUGGCCCGCCUAUGAACAAUAUAGCGGCAACCUAGGAAUCCAGACUUUGACCGACAUCCUUUACACCCACUACGGCCCUAACCCUGCCUCUCAAGACAACAAUGGCUGGGGCCAAUGGACCCGCGCAGACCAAACAAGCAUUGGAAUGGACCGGACCGUGAAGAAUGGUACAGGAUACUCCGGCCAAUAUCCAGAUGAAAUCGCAGCCAUGUACGAAAACAUCGAUACAACCCCAGAUGACCUUCUCUUAUGGUUCCAUCAUGUCGACUACACUCACCGUCUGCACUCAGGCAAAACCGUCAUCCAACACUUCUACGAUGCCCACUACACCGGAGCAAUGACAGCACAGACAUUCCUGACUCAGUGGGAAUCGCUCCAAGGAAAGAUAGACAAGGAGCGAUACAACCAUGUCCGCCGCUUCCUGGACUACCAAACAGGCCACUCAAUCGUCUGGAGAGACGCAAUCAACGACUUCUACUACAAUCUAUCUGGUAUUCCCGACGAAGCAAAGCGCGUCAGCCACCACCCAUGGCGCAUCGAAGCUGAAAGUAUGACACUAAAUGGUUACAAGCCUUAUACUGUCAGUCCCUUUGAAACGGCUUCAGAGACUGUUGCAAUUGUCACGGAGUCUAACAGCACGGCUGGCACGGCUAUUACCAAAGUGCCUUUUGCUUCUGGUACAUAUGAUAUUGCAGUUAAUUAUUAUGAUCUCUACGGUGGUCAGUCUCAGUGGACGAUCUAUUUGAAUGAUCGGAAGGUGGGCGAGUGGGUUGGAAACAGUGAGGUUACUUUGAGUCAUACGCCCUCUAUCCACUUAGAUGGUCAUUCGGCUACGCGUAUCAAGUUCCGGGGCAUCAAGGUUAAGAAGGGCGACACUCUGAAAAUUGUCGGUCAACCUGAUGGCGUUGAAUCGGCUCCAUUGGACUAUGUGGCUUUCUUGCCAGCGGGGAUUAUAGAUUAG